AUGUUUAACGUUUACGGCUAUGUCUUUACUGAUUGUCUCGGCAGAGGGACAUAUGGUGAAGUUUUCAAAGCCAUAAAUCAGGUAAAUUUUAGCCAGAUUCAAUCUAUGUCAAUAGAAAAAUCGAAACAUUUAUGCGGUCAAGCGAAUAUCAAAGAAGUCUCUAUGCAAAAAGGCUCAGGACAAUCUUGUGGAAGAAAUUGGUAUCUUGAAAAAGUUACAUCAUCGAAAUAUAGUUUCAAUGAUGGACUUCACUGUAAGUUGCUUAAUUUUUCGGCUCUAGCAACUCUUCAGUGGGACUCAGAAUAUGUGUAUAUCUUCAUGGAGUACGUUGGCGGGGGUGACUUAAGCUCAUUCCUAAAGACUGAAAAACACCUUUCAGAAAAAACUAUCAGAUAUUUUCUUCAACAACUUGCUUUUGCUUUACAUUACCUUUAUGAGAGAAACAUUGUACAUAUGGAUGUUAAGCCUCAAAACAUUCUUCUUACAACUUCAACACCUCCUAUUUUAAAACUAGCUGAUUUUGGCUUUGCUAAGUCGAUGGAAGAAACCGUGAAAAUGAACGAAGUUCGGGGUUCCCUUCUCUACCUGGCUCCUGAGAUCUACAAGUACGGUGUGUACGACAAAUCGUGUGAUCUAUGGUCUGUGGGCAUUAUCCUUUAUCAAUGCCUAUUCGGCAAAACUCCAUUUCAUUGCAACUCUAAAGAAGGUGUAAAAGCCAAACUGCUAGAAGAUACUCCACUCUCUCAAUUCAAUCACUGAGCUUUGAUCCAGUUACCAUUGUCAUCGUAGCUCCGUACAUUACCGCUACGCCGGCAUAUACAAUAA